AAGUCACAAACAAAAACAAUUGAUAAAUAUGUGCAAUAGUAUUCUCUUUGUAAUCUGCUUUAGGUCAAAUGUUUCCUCUUAAUGAGGCCUACUGAAGGACUGCUAUUUAAACUAUGGGCUGUGGGUCCAGUCUGCACAGCCCGCAGAACUCAGACAAGAAGAAUGGCACGGAUUCGUCUCCGCCACAGGAUGCCCCAGUGAACAGCCCAGUCAGUGUAAUGAAAGACUCAGCAGAAGAGGAUAUAGUAACAAACGUCAAGAAAGAGAAACGAAAGAAGACUUCGGAACAAGAGGGAAAUGCCGUACAUCCGGGUAACGAAAAACAAACUGGAGAGAGCAGCAAGCCAGAGCGGGGGAAAGAAGAAAAGAAAGUAGAGCCACCCGGUGGUGUUAGCAAUGCACAGAGUCAGCGUCCGGUGAGUAAAAAGGACUUGUACUAUUGUGAUCCGGCAACGGGUUGUUGCGUGUUGAGAUCGAAACUGCCCCAGUCCCCAACCAACGAAGAGGCUUCUCAGACGAAGACCCAUGUCAAUGACCAUGAACAGAAGAAGGGCCCUCGAGACGUCCAACCACUAGACUCAGCCCAACAAGCCCGCCAUCUGCCACGUAAGGAACCGACUGUUCCAACCCAGGAUAAUGUUGCGCCAGGAAAUGAUGCCCGACGCCAUACUUUGCCUGAAACCAACCAGCACGCCUCGCCCCAGCCAAGUCCCCUCGCCCCACACAGAGGUAUAUCAUGUUUACCAGUGCGGCUAAAGAACGCGGCCACAGCGCAGGCCACUGCUGACAGUUUACACAGUCUACAGAGAACUCCUGGCCACGAAAACUCUAUUACUGGCCCUGGAAAAGACAUAAGACAAAAACAAGACAUCUCUCCGGGACGGGACACUAGAUUGAGACAAGACAAAAUUUCAGGCCAUGAUACCAGAAACAGGCAAGAAACUGGGCUUAAAGAAAGUGUGUACAACAAAGACAAAUCUGAAUAUCAAGAUGUAAGGCAAAAUAAGGAUAAACUUAGCGGAAACAAAGAUAAUAGGCCUAUACAGCACAACCUACCACCGCCAGAUAUGUCAACUGGAUUGCAAACAAAAAUCACUGGAGACAAUCACUUACACAUUAAAGAGGCGGAUAAAAACAAACGACAAUAUGAUGAAAAAACAAAUACAAAAUAUCAGUACCAAGGUGGAUUUCAACGGAACAGUGAGUGCUACACAGAAUCAAGUGUUUUUACUGACAAAAUGUUAGGCAUGUCGUUUGAUCAAGAGUUUAAUGAGUUUGUCAACUCCAUACCGCCUGGCUAUCUUUUUGAAGACUUGGAUUUUCCAGCUGAUGUAAAUUCUUUGUUUUUCAAGCCUGUGUUGCCUUCUGGUAAUCUUAUACAGUGGAUGAGACCAUAUCAAUUAGUGGAAGAUGGAACUGUUCCUGAACUUGUCAGCUACUCAGUCAGCAGCAAUGAUAUUAUGCAAGGUAUUCUGGGAGACUGCUGGUUCUUGUCAUGCUGUGCUGCCAUCUCUAAGAAGAAGAGAUUGGUGAAUAAAGUUGUUCCUAAAAAUCAAGUUCUUUAUGGGCCAUCAUAUCGUGGUGUUGUACGCUUUCGUUUUUGGAGAUUUGGUAACUGGAUACAGGUGUUGAUAGAUGAUCGGCUGCCAGUUGUCAAUGGAAAGUUAAUCUAUGGGCGUUGUACUAGUCCCACAGAGUUUUGGGUGGCUCUCAUUGAAAAAGCUUAUGCAAAGCUUCAUGGCUGUUAUGAAGCAUUGGGUGGAGGUAUCACUAAGGAUGCUUUUGUUGACCUGACUGGUGGAGUAGCUGAAAGAUAUGAGCUAAAUGAAUACAGCCCAAUGAUUUAUAAACUGAUUUACAGGGCAAACAAGGCUGGAGGGUUUGUGGCUUGUUCAAGAAAGGGAGACUGGAGAUUGUCCAAUGUAGCUGAUGCCAAUGGUCUUGUCCCUGGCCAUGCAUAUACCAUCACUGAUGCUGUUAUGCUUGCUCACAAAAUGGGAUAUGAAAAACUUUUGUGUAUUAAGAAUCCAUGGGGGGAUGGCACAAAGUGGAAAGGUUCUUGGAAUGAAAAGGAUGCCAACUGGCAGUGGGUGGAGGAAGACUUAAGAGAAAGAAUGCUGAACUUAAGAGAGAUAGGGGAGUUCUGGAUGUCUUACCGUGACUUUCUCCGCCAGUUUGGAGAAGUAACUAUUUGUCACUUGACUCCAGAUCUUGAUGGUGAUGGAGAACCAGAUGAAAUUGGUCACAUGGAGAUAAUUAAAGGUGAAUGGGUUCUGGGUAAAACUGCUGGUGGAUCAAGGAAUAAUUUGGUCAAGUUUAUUACAAAUGACCAGUAUCUUCUAACUAUACUUGAAUCUGAUAGUUUUAACAUAGAAGUGGAUGAUGCAGAGAGUGAAGGCAAAUGUAACAUAGUCAUUGCACUCAUGCAAGAACACAGACAAACAUCACAUAAUGUCAAAGUUUCUAGCUACCAAAUUGGAUUUUUUAUUUAUGAAUCUUCAGAAAGAAUUUACAAGCUGCCUCUUCAGUUCUUUCGGUACAAUCCAGAUUUCGCCAAAACAAAUACUUUCAUAAACUACAGAGAGGUCAGCGGACGGUUUGAGCUUUACCCUGGUCACUAUGUCAUAAUACCAACAACAUUUCUGGAGGACUGCCCUGCUCACUUCAUGCUAAGGGUCUUCGGAGAAAAAAAAUUUCUUUUAAGAGGGCCUCUACUAAAUAGAUAAGAAAAGAUAUGUUCACUACUACAGACAUGUCCACAUCUUAGAGAGACAUUUUGAGAGAAUUAAUGAAUUUAUUCUUCUACCAAGGACAGAUGACAAAAAAUGUGUAGGAAAUAAACAACACAAGGCUCAUUUUUGGACUCACAAAUUGGUUUGAUAUGCUCAUAAUGAUGUGACAAAGUACUUCAGCUUAUUGGGGUUUGAAAUAGAACAAUUUUAUUUUCAUGUUGAACUAUUGUUGCCAGAACAUUUUUUUGUUUUACAUGAGUCAAAUAAGUAAAUCACUUUAAGAUCAUUACAUUGUAUAACCUAACUUUGCAUGCAGUUAGGUUUACAAAUAAUUUUGUUAAUUUUUUUGUAAAAAUAUGAAUCAAAAAUACUACUUGUAUAUGGGUGAACUUCAAAAAGAUAUUCAAGACCAAUAAGCUUAGUAUUCAGUACCAAUAGGCUAAGUCUUCAGGACCAGUAAGCUGAGAGUAGAUGGAUUAUCUGCACAUCGCUGACAUGUACAAGUAGAGUUGUUUAUAUCCUCUUAUCACCUUUUCCUAUUUUAUAAGAGAUAAGGUUUUGGGAUAAAGUUGUUGAAUGGAAGCCAUCUUGCUGUGAACCCAAUUCUUAAAUUCUAACCCAGGGAUAUUUUCUUGGGAGUGACAGUAUUCCUUAGUAAAUUAAGCACAGGUGUUUCUUAGCCUGUGUCAAAUGAAGAAUGGUUUCUCAUGUCCUAAAUUAAACUGUUCUCUCCCCAUCUGAUGAACCAAACUUCACACUACUAAUGACCUAGAAGAAUGAACCUGUUAUAUUUAAAUUUUCAAAUGCCUAAUAACUCUCAGAACAAUGAGAAACUCAUCAUUCCAAUGUUCACUUUGGAUCAUAGUGAUUUGUAUAUUGUGAUAUUUCAUUCUCUUCUCAUUACUGGAUAAUGUUAUGUAAUCAGUUCAUUCAAUAAGACAAAGUGAAUGGACUACAAUGUAAAGAUACUGUUCAAAUAGUUUUGUAAACAUUCCCUCCAAUAUCUAUGUGUGCUAUGCACAUUUGUAUUAAAUUUUAGUUUUUAUAAAAUAAAGUCUUAUUAAUGCAUGUGUAUGUUGAAUAAAAUAAGCUCAAACUA